UUAUGUUAAUUUUUCUAAUUAUUUUUGAUAAAAAGUUUCUAGUCAGUGUUGUGCCAUAUUUUUUAUAUUGUUUAGUCUGAUGCAACUAAAACUGAAUAUAAUAUAACUUUUUAAUAUUUCUGUACAAAAUAAAAUCUACAAAGAAUUGGUCAAAUAUUUUAGUGGUAUCCAUGGCACAGGUUGUGAUCCAAUAUAGUGUGCAGCUCUGAAUUUAACACGAUACAUCUUAGUAGAACUUUAAAGCUGAAAUGACAAAGUAUUUCUGGUAUUCUUCUAAUUUAUAUGAAAUAUUUUGACAAGAGUUCAAAUAUUUGACCAUUUUAAAAUCUAACGGAAUCGCAUAAAUUGGAAGACGAGAUAAAAGCUGCAUUUUCGUGACAUUUAAUUUUCUUAAAUUGAAAUAACGAGAACUAUUCUUAUUUUGAAGGCUCAAUAUCAACUUCCGGCUGCGUAACUGCUACCGAUUGCUAACUUUCAGCAGUAAACAAGCUCUGAGGACUACGACAAGCUACAGAGGUCCCAAAUGCCCGUUUUUAGAGAAUUUUGAAACAGAUUCCUCGCAUAUCUGGCCCAUGCUACGUCUCGGAGAACCAUAAAAAAUCGCACAAAUCCUCUUCACGCGGCGGGGUUUGCGCUUCUUAGCCGGCUAGCUUGCUAACAUUAGCAGAGAGGAGCAGCCUGGUUGGACCCGAACAAACCUGAACGCGAUGUCGCUGGUGGAUCUGGGGAAGCGGCUGCUGGAAGCAGCAAGGAAAGGAAACGACGACGAGGUCCGAAACCUGAUGGCCAACGGAGCGCCGUUCACCACCGACUGGUUGGGGACGUCGCCUCUCCACCUGGCCGCCCAGCACGGCCACUACUCCACCGCCGACGUCCUGCUGAGAGCUGGCGUCAGCAGAGACGCCCGAACCAAAGUGGACAGGACCCCACUGCAUAUGGCAGCUGCUGAGGGACACACAGUCAUCGUAGAGCUGCUGAUCAGGAGUGGUGCGGACAUCAACGCCAAAGACAUGCUGAAGAUGACGGCCCUCCAUUGGGCGGCGCAGCACGGACACCACGGCGUGUGCGACACCCUCAUCAAACACGGCGCCGACGUCCACGCGCGCAGCAAAUUCGACAAGACGCCGUUCGACAUCGCAGCCGACAUCCAGAACACGGAGCUGAUGCUGAUGCUGCAGGAGAGCAUGCAGAACCAGGUUAACAUGAACCAGGUGAGCAUGAACGUGGAGACGAGCAGCACCACCAACCAACCGCAGUUCAUAAUCCAGGGAAUUCCCGCCAUCCCUGGGGGCGUGGUGAAUCUGGCGGAGCUGCUGAACAAGGCCAGCGCAGGAGAGUCGGAGGAGGCGAUGGCAGCUAGCGCUCUGGACUCCAACAUCCAGCAUGCCGCGGUGGUGAAUGAGAGUGGUCAGCGGGUCAUCACAAUCGUAACGGACCAACAUGGCAACCUUCAGACCACGGGGGGGAUGUCCCAGCCCUUCUUUGUCACGAUGCAGCACGGACAGCAGAUGCUCGCAGUGCCGGCCAACACGGUGACGGAGGAGGUGGUAACAGAGGAGCCGCAGCCUCCACCCUCCAGGAAGAGGAAGCUGGAGGUGACCAACAAUCACAACGACACAGGAGAGACUGAGCUGCUGCAGAGACAGCUGCAGGAAGCUAACAGGAAGGCUCAGGAGUACCGGCAGCAGCUCCUCCGUAAGGAGCAGGAAGCCGAGGAGUACCGCAUGAAGCUGGAGGCCAUGGCCCAGAGUCAGGCCAACACCAGCAACGGCAACGCCGCGGCCGGCGCCAACGCUGCCAGCCCGGAGGAGGUGGUGGGAGGGGAGGACGAGGAGGAGGGCGCCGUCGGCGUAGUGGAGGAGGAGGGAGAGAUGGUGGUACUGCAGGAAGGGGGAAUCAUCAUGGAAGGGGAGGAAGGUCAGGUGACGCUGGUGGAGACGGGCGGCGAGGCGACGCAGGUCAGCUCCUAACGCAGGAGGAGACGCAUCGUAACAGGAGGCGGCUGAUUGGACUCAUUUAACUGAGACGGAGGGAAGCAGCUGACUCACUACAGGAAAUACAGAGCAUCCGAGUCAAGAUGGAUUCCUUACAGAGAGACGGACCGGCCAGGAAAGUCCAGCUCUGCUUCAUCUUAAGCCCCAGAAUGACCGGAUGCUGACAGAUCAGCUGACCGUCGCUUCGAUGCAAUCCAACAGAAAGGGAAAAGAUGCAUGAGCUGACAUGGACCUUCAUGUCGCGUUUGCUUUACGUUGUCAUCCGUCUGCGAAGUUCAGUGUGAGGAAAUGUGGGAGCGAUUCGGCAUGGAGGCGAACGUUUCUGUUCCUGAUAGAACUACAUCCCUCUUCCCUAUUCGAAAUGUGACUCAACAGAAACUUAGACCUUCAGUUUGGCCUAAUUCAAGUUUGAACAUCGGAGAAUCAGAGCCACGCUAGGAAAUAAAAAUAUAUAAAAUCACAAGAUUAAAGUCAAAACAUUAUGUGAAUAAAGCUGAAAUAAUACAACUGUCAUAAUAUAAGAUUAAACUCAUAUGACAAGAAUAAAGUCAAAAUUAUACAAAAAUAAAUGUGAAAUAAUACAGGAAUAAAGAUGAAAUAAUAUGAGAAAGUUGUACAGGAAUAGAUUUAAAAUCACCUGAGAAUAAAGUCUAAAUAAUAAAAGUAUAAAGUCAUAUUACCAUUUUAUUGUGGUAAUAUGACUUUAUUGUCAUGAUUUAGAAUUUAUCCUCAUAUUAUUUUGAUUUAGUUCUUGUAAUAAUAUGAAUUGUUCUCAUAUUAGGACUUUAUUCUCAUAUUAUUUUGACUUAAUUCAUGUAGUAUAAUUUCAUUCUUGGACCAUUAAGACUUUGAUCUUGUAAUUUUAUGACUAUCCUUUUCUUUCAACUCUAUGCUCUUGUUAUUUUGACUUUAUUCUCCUUAUCCUAUGAUUUUAUACUCGUAAUUUUAAUUUUUAUUAUAAUUUCUUAACGUGGCCCUAAUACUCUCUAAGUAUGUCUUCUUUUUGAAGGCCAAUAACUAUUCCAUCAGACCCUUUUGUUUUUGUUUUUUUUCUAAAACAUGUAUUAUGUUCUGUUUUUGUCGUUUAAUUUAGUGAAUCCCAAAGUUAGCUGACCUGGUGUGGCCAUAACUGAGCGAUUAUCGAGACACUGCAGUGAUUCCUUGUAAUGUGAUCUUCAUGUUUGGUGCAUUUGGAGGGGAUUUCAUCAUAUUCAACAUGAAAUUCAGAUCUGUCAUCACCGCAAAAACACAAAAUCUUACCAGGUAGUUUUAGUUUUGGUCUAGUUUCUUGUGUUAGUUUUGUUUUGAAACU